UCGGCUUUUGUUAGUUACACACAUAACAAAUAUUGGAAAUCCUUUUUAAUUUUUUUCUUUCGUGUGUCUGAUUUUUCGUAUUUAUGUGUCGCUUCUACUAGGUAAAUAUUUUUCGCAAGAAGAUAAUAUAUUCGUACACAUAUAUCUAUAUAAGUGGUCGUUGUUUCGUUGUUGAUCGUCGAAUUGUGAGAAACAUGAAUGACUAUUUAGAUAAUGCCAGACGCAACAUUCAACGGGCGAUGAACAGCAGUUACCACUCCCUGACGGAGGCAGCCAGCAUGGCCGGUACGUUGGCAACGAGUACCGGCUUUCAAGUUCUGAGUCGUCUAAUGGGCCUGAAGGUCCAGGUAAUGCCGACAUCGGAAUCGCCGCCCAACUCGCCGACGCCCUCAACCGCAGAAUUAGACUUGCAAUCAACAACGACAUUCACUCCAGAUCAAAUCCGAUUGGUUAGUGUUGUCUGCGGAUUUCCCAAAGAUAUCGCCAUGUAUCCCGAUUAUGUGAAGGGUCAGUUUGGUGAGGAUGCUUGGUUCAGGACUUCCACGUCGAAGGCGGAUGCACUGGGCGUGGCCGAUGGCGUGGGCGGCUGGCGAGUAUAUGGCAUCGAUCCAGGCCAUUUUAGUCGAUUUUUGAUGCGCUCCUGUGAGCGUCUAGCCCACUCUGCCGACUUUGAAUCGACACGACCUGAACAACUUCUUGCGCGCGCCUACUGCAAUCUGUUGGAACAGAAACAGCCCAUUCUUGGCAGCUGCACCGCCUGUGUGCUGACUCUGAACCGGGAGAGUGGCAUUCUCUAUGCAGCGAAUAUUGGUGACAGCGGACUGUUGAUCAUACGCGAUGGGGCCAUUGUGUGUCGCUCCUUGGAGCAGCAGCAUCAUUUCAAUACGCCGUAUCAGCUAGCCGUGCCGCCGCCCGGACAGGGACUCAAUGUGCUGACGGAUGGGCCUGAGUGCGCCGCAUUGCUGGAGUUCGAUAUGCAGCCGGGCGAUAUAUUGAUACUGGCCACUGACGGGGUCUAUGACAAUGUGUCCGAGGAGCUGCUAUUGCAGGUGCUCAGCCAUGCAGCCGGCGUCACCGAUCCCGUCAAACUGCAGAUGUACGCCAAUUCGGUAGCAUUGAUGGCCCGCUCGCUCAGCUUCAAUCCCAACCAUGAGUCGCCCUUUACCCAAAAUGCCAGACGCCACAAUAUCGAUGCGCCUGGCGGUAAGCCAGACGACAUCACAGUCGUACUAGCAAGCGUUGUUUAAUUGACGUUGAUGAUGCCCACGAUUAUCACUAAACAGUAAUUAUUCCAUAAGAAAGAGUGCCCCAUACCAAAUCAAUCCCACCUGCGCAAUCACUGGCAGCUGUGCACAGCUCUAAGUUAUUCCAGUUCAGUUGUGGACAAUUGCCAGUGAAUGCUCCCGGCCGAGCCGCAAUGGCUGCUAAUGUAGCUGUGGACCUACGCAAGUCAGGAGUCGGGAUUAUUUAUGAAAAACACAAAAAAAAACAAUUAACAAAACAGAACAAGAAAACACAACAAAACAGAAAACACGUUCAACUAUCUAAUCCGAAUUGGUAUAUAUCUCUGUAUAUAUAUAUAUAUAUAUAUAUAUAUGUGUGUGUCAAUAUGUAUAUACGUAUAUAUCCUAUAUUUAGGGUGUGGUAGGGUUCGCAAUUUAGUUGAUAUUACUGCUUUAAAUUUGUCCGGCAUUCUGUAACUUUCUAAUCUAUAGACUUCAGGUACUCCAUUCCAAUUAUCCCACUAUUGUCGUUCUAAUCGCCUAAUCCAUACCUUUUCUUGAAACUUUCAAAUGCAAAAUUCAGUCGAGUGUUUUUU